GACCAGCGGCUUCAUCUGGACCACCAGACCGGUCCGUUGUACCAUUGUUGUGGACCUGAAGCUGUCAAAAACAGUGGUACUUAAAGUACCUCUGAAUUUUUGGUUUUGAAUCUAGAGACCUUCCGGCUUCUGAUUGGGGGAAGAGUCUUGCUGGCUAACUAGAAAGUCGACAUCAGCAUAGCAUCAUCAUGCGAUCAACGGUUGUAAUGUUGGUGUUCCUGGUGGGUUCCUGCUGCGCAGACUGGCCGGCCAAGAAGGUGUACGCUGGAUCCAGGUCGUCUGCGUCUGCCCAAGCCCAAGCCCAGGCAGCAGCCUCUGCCUCCAGCUUCUCGUCAUCCUCUGCUUUCAGCUCUGCUGGCUCCUCAGGAUCUGGUCAUGGAUCCUCCGGAGGCUUCGGAACCAAAGGAGGCUUUGGUGCUGGUGGUUCUGGAAGCCUAGGAUCUUCAGGAGGCUUUGGUUCUGGUGGUUCUGGAAGCCAUGGUUCUUCGGGUAGUUUUGGCUUCGGUGGCUCUGGGUCGAAAGGUAGUCACGGUUCUGGAUCCAUAGGCCUCUUAGUUUCUAGUGGUACCGGAGGAUUGGGUUCUUCAGGCGGCUUCGGAGCUGGUGGCUCAGGUGGUGGCUUUGGGGCAGGCGGUUCCGGAGGCUUUGGAUCUGCAGGUGGUUUUGGUUCUGGUACUGGGUCUGCUGGCGGCUUUGGUUCAGGGGGUUCUGGAAGCUUUGGAUCAGCAGGUGGCUUUGGUGCUGGAAGCCAUGGAUCUAAAGUGGGCUUCGGUUCAGGGGGUUCUGGAGGCUUUGGAUCAGCAGGUGGCUUUGGUGCCGGCGGUUCUGGAACCCAGGUGACUAAAGUAAGUUUCACUUCAGGUGGCGCUGGUGGUUCUGGAAGCCAUGGAUCAGCAGGUGGCUUUGGUUCUGGCGGUUCAGGAAGCCAUGGAUCAGCCGGUGGCUUUGGAGCAGGCGGUGCUGGAGGCUUUGGUUCUGGUGGUGCUGGAAGCCAUGGGUCUAAAGUGAGCUUCGGUUCAGGGGGUUCUGGAAGCCAUGGAUCUGCUGGCGGCUUUGGUUCUGGUGGUGCUGGAGGAUUUGGAUCUGCUGGUGGCUUCGGUGCUGGUGGUUCUGGAAGCCAUGGAUCCGCAGGUGGCUUUGGUUCUGGUGGUGCUGGAACAAAGGUGACUAAAGUUAGUUUUACUUCAGGUGGCGCUGGUGGUUCUGGAAGCCAUGGAUCUGCCGGUGGCUUUGGAGCAGGCGGUGCUGGAGGCUUUGGUUCAGGUGGUGCUGGAAGCCACGGAUCUGGCUUCGGUUCAGGUGGUGCUGGAAGCCUAGGAUCUGCUGGUGGCUUUGGUUCUGGAAGCCAGGUGACUAAAGUUAGUUUCACUUCAGGUGGCGCUGGUGGUUCUGGAAGCCAUGGAUCAGCAGGUGGCUUUGGUGCUGGCGGUUCUGGAGGCUUCGGUGCUGGCGGUGCUGGAAGUCAUGGGUCUAAAGUGAGCUUCGGUUCUGGUGGUUCUGGAAGCCAUGGAUCCGCCGGUGGCUUUGGUUCUGGCGGUGCUGGAGGCUUCGGUGCUGGCGGUUCUGGAGGCUUCGGUGCUGGCGGUUCUGGAAGCCAUGGGUCCGCAGGUGGCUUUGGAGCUGGCGGUGCUGGAGGUCAUGGGUCUAAAGUGAGCUUUGGUUCUGGUGGUUCUGGAAGCCUAGGAUCUUCAGGAGGCUUCGGUGCUGGUGGUUCCGGAGGCUUUGGAUCUGCUGGUAGCUUUGGUUCCAGCAGUGCCGGAAGCCACGCCUCAUCUGGAGCCUUUAGCUCCAGUAGCUCCAGCAGCCAUGCUGGAAGUUCCAGCAGUGCUAGCAGUCAUGCUGGAAGCUCGGCUUCGGCCCAAGGGUCCUCAGGGCUCCCUGGCGGGUGUUCCUCGUGUUCCGGAGGCUACAACAAGAAGUGGUAAACUACAAGACGGUGCUACUUUGAACUCUACACAGGUUUACACACUUGUAAACCUGUAAACCAAGCAACACUCUGGAUAUAAAAACAUGAAGACUGUUUCUAAGCUUUAGAAAACAGGUGCUUGCCGUUGUAGAACUGACUAAUGGUCUCUGAAUUACUGUUCCAGGAGUUAUUUCAGACGAAUAACUUUACUCUGACGUCUGAAGACAGUCAUUCAGUCGCCCUAUUUAUGUGAAAAAUAAGCUAUACCUAGAUCUUUGAGAAUUUCAAGCAAAAUGGUAAUAAAGAUGUUUUGAACAACAUUUAAAACAAAAUGUA